GCCGAUCAGUGCCGGGGGCGGUGAGGCGGGUGCCUGGGGUGGGGGGCUUUGUGCCCCGGCCGGCGUGGCUGGGCUCCCCCCGGCCGCAACGGCCGAGCCCAUUCAGUUCCAGUGGCCCGCGGCUAAUCCGAGCUGAUGCCUGGUUGUGUGCAGCGGCCGUGUGCCCAGGACCUGUUUCGGCCAAAGCCUGGCCACCUGCUCUGCUGGGGCGGGGGGCGGCGGGGCGUCCCUCCUGGGGACAAGAGGACCCCCCCCCCCGCGCCCGCUCCCCGGCUCGCCCUGCCCGGCAGGUUCCUGCGGGACGACUACACCAUCCAGGUGGCCAUCAAUGACUACCUGGACAUCUACUGCCCGCACUACGAGGGGGCCGUGCCCGCCGGCCGGGCAGAGACCUUCACGCUCUUCAUGGUGGACUGGGAGGGCUACCGCGGCUGCUACGAGACCCCCGGCGCCUUCAAGCGCUGGGAGUGCAACCGGCCCCAGGCGCCCUUCGGGCCCGUCCGCUUCUCCGAAAAGAUCCAGCGUUUCACCCCCUUUUCGCUCGGCUUCGAGUUCCAGCCGGGGGAGACCUACUACUACAUCUCCGUCCCCAGCCCCGAGAGCGCCGGGCGCUGCCUGAAGCUGCGGGUCUCCGUCUGCUGCAGAAACACCACGCCGGAACCGGUGACGGAGGUUCCCAAUUCGCAGCCCCGUGGGCGCGGGGGGCCGGAGGACGCAGUGCCCGCCCGGGGCGUCGCGGCCCCGCUGCAGCCCUGUGCCCCCUGCCUGGCGCUCCCGCUCCUCGCCCUGCUCCGGAUCUGACCCCCGGCACUGCCCAUGGCGGGGAGACGGGCUCCUCUGCCCCACCGCCCGCCUCCAGACUUCUCCUCCGCCGUCAUCCCCACCCCACCGAGCCUGUGGGGCAGCCCCGGGCCACGACUCACCCACCGGACCCCCCACAGAACCGAGCCGGGGCCGGGAGCUCCGGGCUGGAAGGGACCUGGAUUCCCGCUGGCAUCGCCGCACACCGGCCCCCGCCCUGCCCCGGCGUUGGGCUCCCCACGGCUCGGCCGGACCCUGCUCUGCCCCAGGGCCGUAGCCUCGUCUCGUGCCUUCCCCCAUGGACCCCCUCCCCGCCCCGGGGGAUGCCGGGGACCCCUCCAGGCCCUGGAGCGGGCGUCGGAUGGAGGCCCCUCUGCUGCCUUGUCCUCCAGCGAGGACACACCGAUCUGUCUUCUGGGAAGACGCCCUCCUCCUCCUCCUCCUCCUCCUCCUCCUGCCUGACCAGCCCCUACGGUUUGGUUUUAACCCCUGGUAGUGACUGAGCCGAGCAAUACAGUGUUUGCAAGAUCGCCCUCGGGCUCUGCGGCCCCCCUGACCCCCCCCAGCCCUGGCCUCGCGCUGCCCGCGGUCCCCUCCUGCCCGUGCCCACCUGCCCGCGGUCCCCGUCCCCCCGGGGACGCUGGGGCACGGGCCGUGGGGGGCUGCUCCCCGGGGGUGCCCGCGCCUCUGGCCGCCACCUUUCCGGCCGGGGGGGGGGGGGUUUAAUUGCAGCGAUUUGAUAUUGAGACGUCAACUCAUGUCACAGGGAGAGCUUUAAUUACAGAUGAGCUGCCUGCAAUUAGCGCCUGGCAGCGGGACCCAGAGGCGGCUGCCGGCGCCUGGGAAGGGACAGGGAUGAGGGGUGCUGGGGCUUUGGGGGGGGGGGUCGCUCACCUGGAGCCCCCGGCCGGGCGCGCUGGCCCCACUCGCUGCCCUUGGCUGGGCUUGGUUUGCCAGCGGGGCGACGGUCCUCCGUCCGUCCGUCUGUCUGUCUGUCCCCUCAUUACGGUGUACCCCAAAGUGGGGGGCUGUGGGAUGUCAGUUGGGGGGGGGACGACACAGUUGAGGUGUCACCCUUCGCCAAGGGGGCACCCAGGUGGCUGUGGGGGGGCCGACCUCCUGGCACAGCUGGGACCCUGCUGGGGUCAUGGCUCCGGUGCAGCCGCAGCAUGGAGGCGGCAAUGCCAUGCCCCGGGAGCGAUGCUCAAGGCUCCCGCAGCCACCGGUGGGUCCUGUCCCCCCCUCAAGGCUCCCGCAGCCGCCGGUGGGUCCUGUCCCCCCCCUCCCCAUGGGUGCAGCCCCCCGCUGCCCUCCUCGGGGGGCCCAGCCGGAGCCGAGUUCCCCAUGGGGCUGGCGGCAGCUGGGCCCCCGCAGCCCCCUCCCCGCGCAGGCGUUGCCGGCCGCCCGCCGCAGUGGUGCUGGGCACGUCAGACAGGUUUUAUGGCUUCUCCGGAGAAACUGCUCGGCAAGAGGCUGAGCAAAAGCAUCGACCGCGUCGCGCCCCUCCCCCCCUGCGCCGCUGCCUGCCCUUCCCCCCCCCCACCCUGCACCCCGUCCUCGCAUGGACGGGGGCACCCCGUCCCCAUGGGGGGCGCCGCGGGGCCAGGCCCCACCGUGGGGCUCGCAAGGGUGCC